AUGGCAGCAUCCCAAAAGAACCCCAAAAUGAUAUAUCAACUUCAACAAAGCCAAGCCUCCGUCCCCUGGUGCCACGAAUUCGAGAAAAUGAUCUCAGGCAUGAAUUUCCACGCCCCUAACGCACCUAUCAUGCUCGAUCAUAAAUUCAAGGUCAUCAAAGCAUUACACUCUUUCAACAACCCAGACAUCAUAGCUUGCAGCACCUUCCAGAGCUUAAAACAACAACGCAUGAAGAUCGCAGCACAAAUACUCGGUCGUUUGGGCACAGGGACGAAUAUCGAAACACCUUUCUUCUGCGUCUGGGGCUGCAAUAUAUUCAUCGGGAAUAACGUCUAUAUAAAUCGCGACGUCUCAAUCCACGAUAAUGUGCCAGUUCACAUAGGCAAUAAUGUACUGAUUGGGCCGGGGGCUUGUAUCUGUACUGCUACACAUGACACUGAUAUGGUGGUGAGGAGAGAAAGUGGAGGCUCGCAUGCGUUGCCGAUUGUGGUGGAGGAUGACUGUUGGAUUGGGGCGAAUGUGACGGUUUUGCCGGGGGUGAGGAUCGGGAGAGGAGCGGUGGUUGCCGCUGGGGCCGUUGUUGUGAAGGAUGUUGAGGAAGGUUUUUUGGUUGGUGGAGUACCUGCGAAGGUUUUGAAGAGAUUGAGAUGA